CAGUCACUUCCUGCAGCUGUUUCCCUGGGGCUCGGCUCCGACCGACUUUUGACAGUCACCCUCCAGAGGCGGGAGCGGCCUGGCGGCGACGGCGAGCAGAGAAAGUGGCUGGGAAGCGAGCGCGCGGCGAGGCGUCUGCGGCCGGCCGGAUUCGGGCUUGAAGACUUCACCCUUCAUCACUCACUGGAUUAUGACCUCAGCUUUCCUGCCCGAUGAUUCUCCUGCAGCAGGCUGGGCUUCCUCCACCUAAGCAGCCCUCUCCCUCUCCUCCUAUGUCAGUGGCGGCCCGGUCCACAAGGACCUUGCAGCUUCUGCCACAAAAGCCUUUUGGGCAGGCGGCGUCCUUACCUCUGGCAGGGGAAGAGGAGGUAGCUAAGGGAGGGGAGCCAGACUCUGCCCUGGAGGAGCUGUGUAAGCCCCUCUACUGCAAACUCUGUAAUGUCACCUUGAACUCAGCCCAGCAAGCCCAGGCUCACUAUCAGGGUAAAAAUCAUGGCAAGAAACUUCGAAAUUACUAUGCAGCCAAUAGCUGUCCUCCUCCAGCCAGGGUGAGCAGCGUGGCAGAGCCUGCAGCCCCCACACUUGUUCCUGUCCCUCCCCAGGCAGGUUCCUGCAAGCCGGGGGGCAGAGUGAUCCUGGCCACGGAGAACGACUACUGUAAGCUGUGCGAUGCCUCCUUCAGCUCCCCGGCGGUGGCACAGGCCCACUAUCAAGGCAAGAACCAUGCCAAGAGGCUGCGACUGGCUGAGGCUCAGGGUAACGCAUUCUCGGACUCCUCAGAGGCGAGUCAAAGAAGGCCCCGGAAAGAAGGGAAUGAAUUUAAGAUGAUGCCCAGCAGGAGGAACAUGUAUGCAGUGCAGAACAAUUCAGCAGGUCCUUACUUCAAUCCCCGCUCUCGGCAGAGAAUCCCUCGGGACCUCGCCAUGUGCGUCACUCCAAGUGGCCAGUUUUACUGCUCCAUGUGUAACGUCGGAGCUGGUGAAGAAUUGGAGUUCCGGCAGCACUUGGAGAGCAAGCAGCACAAAAGCAAGGUGUCUGAACAGCGGUACCGCAGCGAGAUGGAGAACCUGGGCUAUGUACAGUGAUGGGCGCGCCCACCAAGCUGCUGGCCCUGCCCACGUUUGCCUUUUGUCGACUUGCCUUGCUUUGUGGGCCCUCGAUGCGUACAUCCCUCUGCUAAAUGUUAAUAUGAGCAACCUCAAGUGGUGCCCAGAGAGGUCAAGUCGGGGCAGGGGGAGGGAGCUAUGCUUCUUAGGUGAGGAUGCUGCCCCCCCCCAUUAUGGUGGGUGACUUACAGCAUGUGACCUACCCAUCAUCAGACAUAGCCCUCAUUGUGGCCAAGUUCCAGCUGACUAGUGCCUCCUGCUCAUGUCAACCUGUGACUCUUUAAAAACGGCAUCUCCCUUUGGAACUUUUGUCUUCUGCACUGUUAGCUGAAGAAUCGUUUCGAGUUCUUCCUUGGAUUAUAGUGAAAACGUGCAAGCAGAGAUUUCUGUUUCCUGACGCUUCGGGGCACCGUCACCGCUGUGCGGUGUCAGGAGGAUGCGCUGUUUGCUCUGCACUCUGUUCCCAGUGGUUUUGCUUCCCUGUGCCGUGUCCCGCCAUCAGCAAACUGAAUUCAGACACUUCUGUGCUGUUGUUUUUCCAAGCUGAUAGCUUCACCUCCACUGUGUGUUCCACACCGUAACCCCACCCUCUUCUCUCCUCCUCCUCCUCUGAGUUGGGUCAGCUCAUCUGCUCAGCUCAAGCUGUGCUGUGGGGUCUCUGAGACCCAGAUCUGACUAUCAAAUGGUUAAAGAUGGUCAUCCUUAACAAAGUAUAUUUUCAGCUGAUUUUAGGAAGUGCAGGGGUGUGCCUGACUUUCUGAUUUGGAAUUAUGUUUCUAACGAUAGGAACGUGAACUCAUGGGAUUGUCUCAGUCCAAAGUUCAUGUAAUUUGGUGGCUUUUAGAUGGUCCCAUUCUAACACUGUCCCACCAGUUGAUUGGCUUUCUCCCCAACACAUCACUCUCUGUUAUUUCACAGCAAAUUCUUUGUUUUGAAGACUGAUCAAAUUUCAGUGUCUUUUCCCAGCAGACGGGUGCAGGAGCAUUGCUUUCCUUCUUUGCUUCCUGGAAGAAACCAGAAGUGCGGGCGACUUUGGUGUCUGACGACCACAGUGGUAUCCCUACUUUUAAAUGAAAAGCCGUAGUGUCUGUCUGGGUUGACCCGUGGACUAGUAUGUGAACUCCAUUCACUGGGCUCCUCCUCCUCACUGUUCAUGAGGCUAAGAUGCCAACCCUGGACUUCUCUGAGAGGACCACAUUCUGUGGGAAGUUCAUACUGAGCAGUAAUUUGCACUAUUGGAAAUGCACAUUUGCUUGCUUAAGUCACCAAUGAAAACUCCUUGACUUCCCUGGCGGAUGGAGAGGAGGGAAUGACCAUCCUUCCUUCCAGUUGUCAGAUCGGUUUCUGAACAGCUGAGAACCGCAAUCAAGAGUUAGAGCUGUGAGUCGCUUCUAGGACAGCCCUGGCUUGCUGUGGUGGUUUAUUAGAAAGUAGAAUUAUUUGGCAAAGUAUUUUUCUCCUGGAAACAGCAGAAUGAGGUAAUAUGCUCUCAAGAUUCAGUCUGUCUGCAACAUCUUAGCAUCUCUUCUGCUCUCUAGAGCCUGUUAGUUUAGGGCAAUUUAGGGCUUAUCUUACUGGCCAUUUGGUUGCUCAUAUUGCUGCUAAGUAUAAUUCCUUGGUAGAUUUAAAUACAGUGCCGGCCACUUGGUUCUGUGAUUGCUUAACAAUCUCACUUUCUCUCUCUCUAGGGGUGUGUCUGUGUGUGCCUCUGUGCUUGUGUCUGUAUAUACAUGCCCGCCUCCCCUGUUUUGUGUGAUACCCUAGAGAGAACUUCAUUGCAUCUUUAUCUCAGAUAACAUUGAAAGAUUCUGGAUAUGAAUCUAUAUUUUAUAAAAGUGGCGUUCAUCUACUUUGAGCAUUUCCUCUGGGAGUAAAGUCAAAAGACGUGCUUCCCUGCUUCCCCUUUAACUAUUUCCUCCUGUGUAUACAAAAAACAGUGGACUUGAGGGCUUGAAGAGUUUCUAAGCCCCGUGAAUUCAGGUUUCUAGUCUCCCCAGUGCCCUUAAUGGAUGUUAGGGAUAAGUGUGUUUUCUUCUGGAGAAAGACGCUAGACUUAUAGUGUUAUUUCUAUUUUUCUUUGCACUAAAAAAAAGAGUGAUGUGCUUGUUUUAUAUGACACUCCAGUGCCAGGCUGCCCUACAAUAGCUCAAUUUGUUUCUAGUUUCCAAACUCUCAAGCUUGAUGAAUAAUUUAGAGGUUAUGUGUAUGUCUAAAGCACCCCACAGAACCUGGCACUAGGUGGUGCUGUGGGCUGUGAUCUUGCUUUGUUCUCCUGUGGUCCACAGGUGGGAUGGAGGAUGACACAGGCUGUCAUGGCUGCGUGGUGUGAUUUCUCCCCAUGUGUACUGUGGACAGUGUGCCUGCCCUGUUAGAGCAAGCUGUGGCGGCCUGUGUCAGCACAGUGAGAUCUCUGAUUUCCUUUUGUGAAGUCCCAUCCUAUUCUACAACACACUCUGGGAUUUGCCCCAGGGAUCAUGUGUCUCACGGUCUCUCACAGACAUGGGGGGAGGGCAGAAGCCUAAACAAAGGAGAACCUUAGGCCAAAAUUAAGCAGAUUUCAGUUUCAUCGAUAAGAAUUAUAGCUUCAAAGUCUGUUCUUGUGUGUAUCUGUGUCGUCAUUGCAAAGCAGUGAAGGGAACCACAGACUCUUCUAUGAUACUGAACAAGAGGUUGUGAGGGGCAAGUUCUGUGUUUCAGCUAAAAGAUUUGGAUUCCAUAUGCCUUCAUAUUUUAGUUUUUGAAGUUCAGUUAUAAAACUGUGUCCCAUGGCCCUUGACUCUGAACAGAAAAUUCUUUGUUGGUCUUGGAUGGUUGGUGUCUUGCAACUUGUAAAUAUGUGCCUGUUGUUUGUUAUGCUUGCCUUUCUCUCACACACUGAAUUCUGCAGGGUGAAUAUUUUUUAUACCGUUCAUCUUGAAGCCUCUUUACCACGUUCAUUUUCAGUUCAUUGGUGAGUUUAGAAAAUCAUCGAGGAGUUCUGAAGUCUGACACUGAAUGUAGGACUCUGAGAUCUUCCACGUGCCGUGAUUUCCAAGGCGACUGGGAGAUGUGAGAUCUUCUGCCUCACCUCACAGAGCUGGUUUGUAGAACUUUCUGCUUGCUUGUAGCUAGCAGUCUACAAUUUGAACCAGAAGAGAAAAAAUUUACACGUAUAUGUAUCUGCAUAUAAAUGCUUACAUGGCUAAGUCUUCCUGUGUGGUUAGAGUCUGAGGGCUGUCAGUGUGACUCAGGACUCCUUCAUCCUGAGUUGCCUGGGCCUGUGAGCAAUGACAGUCUGAGGACCAUCAGUGACCUAUAGAAACAAGCCAGGAGAGAUCCUUAACUGUCACACAGUGCUUUCUCUGCAGGGGGGCUGAGAACAGUGAGUUUGGAGUUUAACCUACUUUGUUCUAUAAUUGUCAGAACUUAGGCUGGAAGUAUUUGUUAGAGAGCUUGGUGUGGCAUGCAUCCAGGACGUAGAGCAUCUUUAGAAAUCAGGAAUAUUCUGUUGGUACAGGCAAAACCUUAAUGUAGAUAUUUGAACAGAUGUUUUAAGAAAUUCCACCUUACCCAUUUUUUUUUCUUAAAUUCUAAGAGUUUCAUGUGUAAUAAAAAGAGUUUUGUUCUCUUUGUGCUCCGUGGGGGAACCGUUGUGCGCUCUGUUGCUGUCGGUGUGGCUGAGCGGAUGUAGCUGUGUAAGUAGCCCCUUUUGAGACAUUUCCACAGAUAGCUGUGUGGUGCUUCCUCCCAUGGUCAGUGGAGACUGUGUGUGAACUCCCUUUCUCUGUAGCUACCAAAAAAAGUCCUGGCUUAUGGUCCCAUGUGGCCUUGUGUCCGUUAAGCCCAGAAUCCGAGUGCCUUUAGCAAGUGUUAGCGUUUCCUGGAAGGUAGAGAUGAGAGAGUUUCUGCCAUAAACCACAGUUCAUAAAAGCUUGAAGUAACAAAGGUCUGUGUGAAUUCUGUUCUACAUCUUUUUCUUUCUUUCUUAAUGCAGUCUCGAUGUACUGUUGGGUAAAACUGUUACCAUUGAUGAAGAAUUGCGUACCCCGAGAAGAACUAGUUGUGUGAGGCUGGGCGUUGUCACCUUGGUGUGUCACAUUUGUAUUGAAUCAACAACAGUGUGGAGGUGUUGGAGAGCUUGCACGCUGGUGUGGGGAAAUUCUUCAUUACACUGAUCUUUUUCCCACUGGGUUUUUCUGUAGAGAGGAGAGAAUUAUGUAUUUGCGAAUAAAGUGUAUUCAGAGUCUGCUGGCACAAAAGCCUGGAUCAUGCUGUUUCGUCUCUAAUGGACGGAGAUUUCUUCCCAGGCUGAGACCUUUGAAAAUGACAAUUUCUUUACUUCAGUUUAUUGAAAACCAAAUUUCCUUUGUCUUCAAUCUUUCGAACACAUAGCUAAUGCAGUUUUGGUUAGGAGUAGGACCUCUUUCCUCAGCAUUUUACUAUGAAAAAUUCCAGACGUUUGUCAGAGUUGAAAACAUUUAACAGUAUACCCACCACAGUCUUUUGUCCGCAUUUCCCCAAUUAUUUCCACGUAUCUACCUACAAGCCUGCCACUGUAUUUAUCUAUCUGUCCAUCAGGACGCACACCAAAUGUAAGUGUCAGACUGUGCACGCUCCUGGUGUCUUUCACUGGGGUUGACGUUAGUUCAAGUGUUAAUGUUCUGGGAAAGCCGUGUGUGAGGAGGAUGACUGAGCCAGUGAACGUUCUUGUCUCCGCCUGUGGACUUACUUCAGUCUUCUCGUUUCCGUUCUUGAGUGUGCCUGGAGCGAAGGAAGGUGAAUCCUUCUCCAAAGGGAAGUUUCCUGGGCUCGGUGUCCCAAAUCCCAGCUUGUUCUGAGUUUCACGGUUCCAGGAUAUGAACUUUCCCUUCACCCUCUGGUGUGUGGCCGAGCUGAGCAGUUUCUUCAGAGCUGUGAGUUGCUGCGUGGGGUCUAGCCUCAGCGCUGGCUUCCUCUCUGUAGGUAUGCUCUCUUCUCCUUCCCUUCCACUCAGCUGUUCCAUCAGGAGGCAGAGGGGAAGGCUCAGCCCGCUGGCACCUAGGUGUUCCCAGCAACUCCACACGGGUUUGCUUCUUCACAGAGUGGAAACUGCUAAUGUAGCUCAGGGGUUUGUGCUGACUCCUCAGAGCACUGUCUCCGCCAGUCCUCCCGCAGUACUGCCCGGCGGUACUGCGCGGUGGGCCGUCGGGACCAAGCCUCAUCAGCUGUCGUAGCUUUACUCCAGUCACGCUGUGACAAACUUUGACGUAUGCCUUUACCUUUGUGUCUACGUCCUGGGUCUACAGACCUGAACUGAUCUCUUCCAGGUCAGGGAGAUUCCAUGGGUAGCACCCAAUCAGAGCUGGAUUUUAGGUUUUUAAAAGACUGAUCACUUCCUUUGGGCCCUUAAAAGAACCAUAUGUACUUUUACUGCUUAGACUUUUGUUGUUGGGCAUGUCACAUUUCUUUUAACACAAAGGUAAUCUUAUGGUCAGUUGUGUUGUUUUGUGAAGUCUCAUGUAGCCCAGACUGGUCUUGAAUUCAUUACGUAGCUGAGGAUGAUCUUGAAUCCUUGACCCGCCUGCCUCCUCUUCCUGGUGUUGGAUGACAGCCGUGCACCACCAUACUAGGCUAUAAUCAUAGUGUUUAAGUUCCAGGCAACUACUACAAUCUUACUGCCUCGUUGAACACCAACAAACGCAGGUCUGUCAGACUCUUUUUGCCUUUCAGCGGCUCUCUUGACUGACCAGCUGAGUGACCAGGUGAAAACAGCAUCCUCUCAUGCACACUCUACCUGAUUUUUUUUUUUUAAAGGAAAGCGACUCCCUAUAUCAGGGUAAGUGAUGCUGUCUAGGGCAAAGCCCAUACUUGGGAACAAACCUCUUUGGAUGGCUGGUUGUUGUCGGUGUCUGGUACCUGAAGACCUUUCUGUGGUUCUGUAAGCCAGUGUGCUGUUCUGUAAGAAUCCAUGUUGACUCUGUGUUCACCUCUGGUCCCCUCAACCAACCACUAUGACCUGGCCUGGGUGUGUGUCAUCCUCGAAAUGCCUUACUGGGUUCAGUCAAGCAUUUUGGCGUCUGCUGUGACGCUGUGUGUUCUCUCUGGGAUGUGUGUGCCGUCCACAGGCAGAACUGAUCUUGCUUUCACUGUCAAGGUUACAUUUUAAUGCAGUUACUGACUUAAAUUAGAAAUGAAAUGAGACACUCGGAGGGAGUUUAGAACCCUUCCUUUUAUCACAUGCUGUUCCACUAGGACCCUUGGUAAAGGACAGCUGAGCGCCAGCCCAAACUAGGAAACUGGGCUUGUGCCAUGUAAUGUGCCUCGGGGUUUAGGGUCUGAGCACACCGCGGGGUAAUGGGCCAGUCCUCGCCUCGGGUAUCUUUUGUUCUGGGCAACAAAGCCGACAUGUGACGGGAUUCAAACCAACCAACUGUGAAUUGUGAAGUUGAAAUUGCCUUUGGGUUUCAUUUUCUUCAGCUUAUUAAAUAUAGAGGUGUGGACGUUAUUUAAAACCUGUUCUGCUUAUGUUGAUGGCUCAUCUUGGCUGUGUAUUCUUAUGUACUGGUUUCUGAUAAAGGCUUUACAGUAUUGUAACAGGCUUUUUGUGUUCAGUUUAAUAAAACAGUUUCUGAGUCUUGUCUGAAAA